GACUCGGUGAGCGCGGUUCGAACCUCUCCCGCAUCCUCGAGCUUAUUUUCCCCUUUCCCUAAAAUCCUUUCAACUAAAAUACACAAGAUGAGAAAAAUAAGGCACUGUAUCAAGGCAAACGAUUAAAUUAAUUCGUCCCAUAUAGUGGAAGGUGUGAAGUAAAAGCAUGAUAGGCAGGAACACUGAAUCGGAACAACGGUAGGAUGAAGGAUGUGUCUUGGGGGACAUAAAAAUCCUGCAGACAUGCUCCGAGGGAUUUUGCAGGGAGCGACUCUUUGCAAUCGGAAUCUGGGAAUGUAAAGGGCCCGGCAUGCACGCCCUCUGCUACUGCCUCAACACACUCAACGUGACGGAGGACAGUGCUCUCGUGGCGGACCUGUGCCUGAUCGCCUACUCCCACGUGUUCCCCGUCCUCCUGAGCCUCGCCGUCGUCACCAACGUCCUGAACGCCGUCGUGCUCCUCAGCCCACACCCGGGCAGCCGCUUCCAGCCCACGCCCAUCCGCAAAUACCUCCUGUGGAUAACCCUGUCCCACUGUGUUAUCUGCGCCACUGUCCUGCUGGGCAUUUGGGUGAGGGAUAGGGUCGGCCUCUCCUACUCGUGGGCCUUCUACUUCGCCCACUUCGAGCAGCCGCUCUACGACGUGUUUAACUGCAGUUACGCCUGGAUCAUCGUGGGGCUGUCCCGGGACCGCCACCAGGCCGUGUGCCGCCCACACCAGUACACCGUCGCCGCCUCCCACGAGCGCGCCGCCUGGAGGAUUGCGCUGGCCUACGCGUUCUCGGUGGUGGUCUACGCGCCCCACUGCUUCGCUCAAGAACCCGUGUUCAGCGCCGAGCACGCGGGCUGGCACGUAACCGGGACUGAUCUGUUCAGCAGCAGAGCAUGGGCGGCGUGGGCGGUGCUUUCCCAGGCUCUCCACCGCCUCGUGCCCGCAGCCAUCCUGGUGGGACUCAACACCAAGAUCCUGGUGGCGGUGUCGCGCCUCGGGAACUCCAGCGUCAGGCCUGGGGGUCGCCCUGGCAGCUCCCCCAGCCGUAGGAGAGAAAGGCAGAUCACCAACCUCCUGCUGGCUCUGACGCUAAGCUUCCUGGUGACCAACGUCCCCGCGGCGGCCAUCAAACUCGUCUACAUCGCCAUGGGGCAGCAUUGCCAGAUCCACGCGGGGAUGGAGAUCGCGCGCAGCAUCGCCAACUGCCUGGAGAUGGCGGGCUACAGCGCGGACUUCCUCCUGUACUUCCUCAUGAACCCCGAGUACCGGCGGGACCUCCACGGCCUCCUGUCGAAGCUCUGGAGCUUCUUCGGAGUUUCGAAGACCUGCCCUCUGCCGGAGGUCACCGAAGAACAGGCGACCAUCUCCCAGUAACCCGUCCGCAGGAGCUCAAGCCGUACCUGACUUAACCUUUACGAGUCAAGGGCAGUCUUCUUUUACAAACCUCACCCUGUACAUAAGCAAAUACGUCAGUAGAGAGUUCAUUCCUGAUUUGGUGCGUGUACAAACUGUAAAAUAACUAAGCCAUUAAAACCAAACUCGGAUAAGCAACACUGAACAAGCAUAUUUCAGCAUUAAAAGUCGAACUGUAAUACUUUCAUGGGGCUAGGAUACAGAAUAUACCUAUAGAACUUACAACCGAUUGAUUUGAUUUUCUAACACUAAUACAAAAGAAGUCUAUUUUUACAAAGAUAUUCUUACAGUAGUAUGUAUAAUUCCAUCACUUGUUUGAAUGUCAUCGCAAGGCGCCCAUUGUAUAUUGCAUAUUGUUAGUACAUUUGUAAACAUUUACAAAGGUAUACAAAUAA